UACCAGCAGGGAAGCUCCAGGUCAUGGAGAAGUUCUUCACGCCGGUCCCGCAGGCCAAAGAGGGGAAGGGGGCCUCCGAGUUGGCCCUGCGGGACUGCCGUUGCCGCCGACAGUGGACGGAGGGCCGGAGCGACCGUUUCUCCACCCUCUCCUCCUCCUCGGCCUCCACCUCGGCCUCCAGCUCCGCGGCCUCGUGGUCCUCAGAAGCCAGCCUGGACAAGGAGGCCUUCCUGCUGACCGGCUCUCGGUACCACUCUCGGCACUCCCGGUCCUGCGUGGACGUUUCCGGGGAAGCCAAGGCCUUCCGCCCGGGCCAGGACGCGGACGCCUCCUACCCGGGGGAAGAAGCGGGCGGUUCGUUUGCCCAGCUGCAGAGAGGCCAGAGCAGGAGUGCCGACCGGCUGGCCCGCCGCCAGGGCCACCCCGAAGCCCCCUCGCUGCCGACCGAGAGCGACGGCGUCGACCGACACCUCUACAAGGCCAUCAGCCUGGAGCGGAGCCUCAUGUUCAACGAGCAGGCCGAAAUCCUGGCCCCCCGGCCACCCCACCAGGCCGGAGCUGCGGCCCCCGGCAAAAGCAUCCUGAAGAACGGGGCCGUUGCCGGGGGCGACCGGCUGCGGAAGGCCAAGUCCAUCGAGACCAUCACUGUCCGGCCGGCGGGAAGGGAGCCGCGGUCCGGCCCGGAGCCCCCCGCGCGGCCCCUGCAGCGGCAGAAGCAGCCGCCCAGCAGCCUGGACCUGAGCGCCCCCCAGAAGCCGCCUGCCGCCGAACGGAUGAAGCUGGUGGAAGAGAAGCUCCGCUUCUCGGAGUUCCUCAACGAGAUCACCCGGCAAGUGAUCAGCCCUUCCAAUCUCAGCUCGCUGGGUUGGAAGCCUCCGGAAGCCCCCUCCGCCGGCCAAGCCCCCAGCAGCGACGGGUCCGAGUCCAAAGGCUCCAGCAGCAAAGGCAGUUCGCCUGGGUCUUUGCUGGAGAUGGCGGACGGGAGGGGGAAGGAGGAGAAGGCCCCUCGUGGCUGGAGGAGACCGGGGCAGCUGGAAGCCAAGGGGGACACUGUCCCGAAUCGCCACCACCACCACCACCAUCAGCUCCAACACAAGGCCGGCCCGGCCCCUGCCAGGACCACCGACGAGGUCAGCACCAGUCGAGAAUUGGGCCCUUUCAUCCACCCGUCAGCCAGCCUGGGGAGUUUGCCCACCCAAAUGACAGAGACAGGCAUGGGGCAAAGAAAGUCAGGGGAAGUCUGGGCUGGAAAGGAUGCUGAGGACCACCAACAGCCCCCCAAGAAGGAUACGGCCCGGGUUGCUGAGAAACCAAAUGGCAAAUCACCGCAGGAGAGUGUGGCAGUGGAGGCCAGGACACACAGCAAGGAGCUGCUGGCAGAGAUGAACACAGAGCAACAGAUGUCCCCUCCGGAAGAGGAGCCAGCACUCUCAGCCCAGAAGGGGGGAGAGGGGUCCAAAUCUGGACUCAGCCAGCGAGACCUCCAGAAAACCUGGGAGGAGUUGGAAGCAUUAAAGGAAAAAUUCAGCAGACUUCAGGAAGAUUAUUCGAGUACCCGGCAUACCAACCAGCUGCUGGAAGAUAAACUUCAGAUUAUUGCUCAGAGCAUGGCAGAAGAGAGGGAGGCUUUGAACCAGCGCAUCAAUGAGCUGCUGGAGAGACUCAUCAGCGCACAGAGCACCAUUUGCACCCUGGAGAAAAUUAACAUCUCGGGGCUGCUCUCUGGACCCCACAAGAAGCACCGACGUAGCGAGAAGGCUGAGUCCCCCGACAGCCUCUGCUCUCUGCGUAUCGUGGACGUGGCGCCCCCUCCCGCUUUCAUGGACGGUGCCUCGGAUGCCCGAACCACACCGAGCCAGUCUGAUUCGGCGACUGAAACCAGCAAGCUGGGCUGUAGCUCGGAGUCGGACACAGCUGCCCCCAACGGAGACCGGACCUCACUGCGGGAGUAUGGGAUCCUGGUGCCCCCCGUGGAAAGCCUCAAGAGGCACAGCAAAAGCCAUGCCCGGGUGACUGCCUUCACCCCCUGGAAGCAGAAGUCAACGAAAUUUUCCGCCGAACAGAUGAACUCAACCGAGAGCGAGUGCAGUGGGGAGGAGACGUUCCCACUCUGCCCUCCCCCCGCCCCCCGCUUCCUAUAUUUGAGGCAAGAGGCCCUGGUGGCCGCCUCAGAGCCUAGCAGUCUCCCUCCCCUGCCUGCCCCGGAGUCCGUGGGCUUUGAGGUGGGCCGCCCUCAUUCCCCCACCGGCCAGGCAGCCGGUGGGCAGCUGGAGCUGGUGCUAGAGCUGAACAGCUCGGAGAGCUCCGAUGACGAGGAGGUCUCCUGGAAUCCCGGCUUGGUGGAGAAGACGACGUUGGGAUCCCCUUUAGACUAUCACUCAGCCCAGAAGAUGCUCGACAGCCUGCUCCAAAAGAGCUCUGAGCAGGAGAAGAGCCGGGAGAAGGCAGCCCGCAAGAUGGGGCGGCCCGGGGGAUACCGCUUGGCCGGGUUUCAAGAAGGGAGCAAUCCAGGCCGACUCGCCACUCACCAGCACAGAAUCCGCUACUACCAGGACUUCCCGAACGCUGGGGAGGAAUCGCCUGAGGAGAAGAGCUACCCACAUGGUGUGGGGUCCCUCACAAGGGGCACCAAGGGGAUGGCAGUGGGGCUGGAAGGCCGUGAUGCUGCACAGGACUCUACGUCGCUUUGAAGUGAGAAGGCAGCAGCAGCCUGUAUAGGGAGGCACCCCUUCGUCUCUCGGCGCUCUGAACUGCAGAUUGUGUGGGGUGGCGGCGGGGCUGGUUAUGGUUCUUCAGUGAUGAGAAAAAGACGAUCUGCAUGUGGCUCAGAGGAACUCUUUCCUUGUAUUAUUACCUCCACAUGAAUCGGGGUUGAAAACCAGGUUCUGGGCUAUAGUGAAUCCCUGGCAGGGUCUGGCUUGGACUUCGCCUCUCCGAGUAACUCCCUGUACAGACAUGAUGGUAUACGUGCUCUGAGGGGUGUGUGCAUAUGCUUGUGUGAAUGACUCCCCCUGCAUUCCGUUGGAAGAUAGCCUGGGGAAAAGUCCUUCAAAUGCAGGGUACAAGAGCGUUGUUAAGAUGUUAUAAAACUGGAUGGCUGGAGCUGUGUACAGUGGGGCAAAGGGGGGAGGAAACCCCGCCUCCACCCCACAGGGACGUAGGAAGCUGCCUUCUACCAAGUCAUACCAUUGGUCCCCCUAGCUCUGUAUUGUCUACCCAGACUGGCAGCGGCUUCUCCAAGGUUCUAGGUAGCUCGGUCUGGAGCUGCCAGGGAGGGAAGUGGGAAUCUUCUGCAUACAAGCAUGCAGGUGCAAUCGUCCCAGAGUGUCAAUCAGCAGCGUGCUCAGCCACUCACAUGGGGGAGAGGGAGGAGACCUAAGUGUGACGGUGGGCGCAACGUCUUGUGCCCAGAUCUGGAGCCUACAUUUGAAGGAAGACAUUGAUAAACCGGAAUGGGGUCAGAGGAGGGCAGCCAAGGUGGUGGUGAAAGACUAAAACAUUGAGGGCUUCUUAGUUUAGAGAGUGAGGUGGUUGGGGGAGUGUCUGGCAGCAAAAGCAAGACACACCACAGGAAGCCCUUCUCCGCUCAGCACAUAAUGUGUGGACUUUGCUGUCACAGCUGCAGCAGCAGACCAUGAGGUCAUUCACACAAUCAAAAGCUGUGUUCUGCCUGGGUUUGGGAGCUUUGUGGGCUCCCAAUUUCUGGUUGCGUGGAAGCAAGGUAGGAAGAAAACCUGGGCAGAAGUGAUUGUGUGGAAGCAAGUUAAGAGGAAAACCUGGGUAGCUGUUCCUUCCACCCAAUCACUUCCACUCAGGUUUCUCUCCCAUCUUGCUUCCACCCAAUCACUACCACUCAGGUUUCCCUCCUACCUUGCUUCCACCCAAUCACUUCUACUCAGGUUUCCCUCCUACCUUGCUUCCACCCAAUCACUUCUACUCAAGUUUCCCUCCUACCUUGCUUCUACCCAAUCACUUCUACUCAGGUUUCCCUCCUACCUUGCUUCCACCCAAUCACUUCCACCCAGGUUUCCCUCCUACCUUGAUUCCACCCAAUCACUUCCACCCAGGUUUCCCUCCCACCUUGCUUCCACACAACUGAAACCUGGGAGCACACACAGCUCCCAGACCUGGGUAGAACACAGUUUUUGAUUGUGUGAAUGACCUCUAUUUAUUCAAAGCCCUUUUUCCAACUACAGAAGUAGCCGGUGUAGCUUCCCACCUCCAAUUUAUGAACACUUCCCAGACAUUUUCUAAUUGGAAAGAGAGAAAGAAAAUGAAAACAUAACCGUGACUGAUAUAAUUUGAGAGCAGGUGUGGCACAUGGUAGGUACUGUCAUUGGAGACUUCUGGUUUGGUUUUUUUUGUUUUUUACUGUUGUGUAAGUGUUGUAUACCUACAAAUACUGUUUAUAUAUAGGAUUUUGAGAGUUAAUACAUGUUUUUUGACUAUCCAAGUAGUUGGUCCCAAAAAUACUAUCAAUAUAAAGUUAUGAAACUGGAAAGCAA